UUUUAGAUAAAAAGUUUCAUUUCGAUUUGGAUUUCCGAAAAACGUGAAGUAUUUUCGAAUGUCUUUGUUCAAAAAACCAACCAAGAAGAAACAACGUCAUUUGCGUGAACGUAUAUUCGAUGACGACGAAAUUACAGCGGAAGAAGAAGCCGAAAUUGCGUGUAAAUUAGAAGGCAUAAAAGAACUGCAAGAAAGUCGUGUAUGCAAAAAUGGAUUGAAUGCUGUAGAAUGCGCUCUAGGUAAAGAGCUUGCAGCGGAAUUCAUAGCAAUGGAUGACGAUCCAUUUCGACAGCGUGGUGGAGGCAUGCUUCGAUUGUCUGAAGGACGCCAAGCUCAAAUGCAUGCAGCAGAUAUCGAAGCUGGUAUACGAGAUCAGUUCAAGAAAGAAAGUUUUCUGAGAGAUGAACAUGAAGAGAUGAAGAAGUACGUGCAAGCGGAAUUACGCAAACGAAAAGCAGUACAAGACUUGGAAGAUGGUGAUGCUACAACGUCCAAAGUACCAAGUAUGGAAGAUAGCCUUAUGUGGAAAGCAGCGGAAAAAGUUCGUCUUUUCCGAAGUGAACGUAAUGAUGAACUAUUAUCAAACCAAAUGCUUGCUGGUAUUCCAGAAGUGGAUUUAGGCAUUAAUGCAAGAAUGAGUAAUAUUAUCGAGACAGAAAAGAAAAAGGGUGAGAUGCUGAAAGAAGUGGUUGAAAAAGGCGAAAUCUUGCUCAAGAUAGUUUGUUUAGUCAAGAUCGGGCAAAAGAUUUGGCGAAAGAUUACGUACAGCAUUCUAUUUUUUAUAUGGAAUCAACCACACGUCUUGGCCAAGAAGAUUGGCGCAAAAAGUUGGAACGGCCUGAUACUGAGGCUCAAGUGACACUGACAGACGCAGAUAGUUUAAGAGGUGAUGCGUCAAUACAUCGUUUGUGAUGAACUUAAUAAAAUGUAAAUGAAAUGCAAACUCAUCAAAUAAAUUUUUG